UCGAUUUCAUCGAUCCAAAAACCACCUCCAAUCCAAUCCAAUGUUCAUCAUCAUCAUCUUCUUCAUUUCUUUUAAUCCCUAAACCCUUAUCUUUCCGCAUCAAGCGAUCUGUAUUCAACUCCACUUCUAUUUUCUUGGCCAUGCGACCUUGGUUCUCCGGGAUCGCCCUCUCCAGAGAGGACUUCUUCCUUCUUAUUAAUCAAUCUUUGCAGACCACUUUCACCAAUGACCGCAGAUAAUCAACCCCCUGCUUCAUCCUGCAUGCUCUGCAAUGCCACCGCCGGCGCUGUCGCUGGAGUUCUUGCAGCCACAUUUGUAUGUCCUUUAGAUGUGAUCAAGACCAGGUUUCAGGUUCACGGUCUACCGCAUCUUAAUGGUGGAAGUAUUAGAGGUAGUCUAAUAGUUGGGAGCCUGGAACAGAUUAUCCGGAAGGAAGGCAUUCGUGGCAUGUAUCGUGGGCUUUCUCCCACUAUUCUUGCCUUGCUUCCAAACUGGGCGGUGUAUUUUACUAUAUAUGACCAGCUGAAAGGUUCACUUAGCUCUGAUGGAAAUCAUCAGCUACCUUUUGGCGCCAAUAUGAUAGCUGCUUCAGGGGCUGGAGUUGCAACAACAAUUGUAACGAAUCCUUUGUGGGUUGUUAAGACAAGGCUACAAACUCAAGGAAUGAGGACAGGCCUAAUGCCAUAUCGGGGUACACUUUCAGCUUUGAGGAGAAUUGCUCACGAAGAGGGUAUUCGUGGUUUAUACAGUGGUCUUGUACCUGCAAUGGCCGGUAUCAGUCAUGUCGCAAUCCAAUUUCCAGCAUAUGAGAAGAUCAAAAGCUAUUUAGCUAGUAGAGAGAAUAUAGAGAUGGAUCAAUUGGGUGCACGUGAUGUUGCUGUUGCCUCUUCGGUUUCUAAAGUAUUUGCAUCCACUCUGACGUAUCCACAUGAGGUGGUUCGGUCGAGGCUUCAAGAACAAGGACACCAUUCUGAAAAGAGAUACUCUGGAAUGGUGGAUUGCAUAAAGAAAGUGUUUCAACAAGAGGGCCUCCCUGGUUUUUACCGUGGCUGUGCUACGAAUCUGCUCAGGACUACUCCGGCUGCUGUUAUAACAUUUACCAGCUUCGAGAUGAUUCACCGACUUCUUGUUACUUGAUUCUCUUUUCAUCUUCAUCUUCACACAUUGUGAAGAUGAACCACACUAUUAUUGGCAACAUAGCUAGCAUUGUUUGGAAUUGGUGGUACAAACUACAAAGAGUUAUAUAAUAUAGCAGAUACUUUAAAUACAA